AUGCACGAGUAUAUAUAUUAAAGGCUGACGAUCAGAAAUGUAUCCAGUCGUCGGCCACAAGACUGAACACAAUCAACCAGCAAAAGCAAACAUGGCUACAAGUGUUUUGAUUCAAGCAACGAUACUAGCUCUUCUAGUUGUAUCAAAUACAUUUGCUGACGUUAAACAUCUCAAAAAUCUUAAACCACAUGAUUGCUCAAAGACACUUAACAACGAUAAAGCUACAUCGGCCUCUGAAAAUGUGAAUAUUGUCUCAGAGCCACCUUCUUCAAACUCAUUUGGUGCUAAGUAUUUUGGUCCAUCUACCCCAACUCCAUUUAUAUUUGAUAGCUCAUUUUCAACAUCUGCACCACCAUUAAAAUCUGUUUCUUAUAGCUCAAGUUCAUCUCCGUUCGCAUUCGAAAAUUCGUUUUUAUCAAAUACUUACUCAAAUGGUGCUAUACCUAAAUCUUUCGACGGAUCUUUCUUGACAUCUUCUCCAGAAUCAAUCAUUGGUUCUUCUACCUCUACUUCAUUAUUUGAUGGAUCAUAUGCUUCUUCUACUCCAGCAGCUUUCAUUGGAUCCUCUACCCCAGCACCUAUCUUAUCUGGCGCCGAUUUACCAAGUGCUGCUAUCUCUGAUUCAAGUUUCACCUAUUCGUCUACUCCAGCAUCUGCUUUCAUAUCCGGAUCUUCACCAGUUGUUUCGUCAACCCCAGAACCUGUUCUCUUGAAUAGAUCGCCAGCUUUUGCUACAUCUUACGGUGCAUCAUUUUCUUCUAAUGUUCCGGCAUUUUCACAAGGAGCUACUUACAUAAAAUCUGACUCUUACAAUACCGAAUAUGCCCAAUUACCAGUCACUAAUGUUCCAGCGCCUCACCAUGAAAUCACCAUCAACAGGGAAGUCCCAGUACCAUACUACGUCCAAGUUGAAAGGAGAAUCCCAUACCCUGUAUUAGUCCGUGUACCACACCCGUACCCAGUCACGGUAGAAAAACACGUGCCAUAUGCCGUCAAAGUCAAUGUAGAUCGUCCGAUCAAUGUUCCUCAGCCAUACCCAGUGGAAAUUGAAAAGAGAGUACCAUACCCAGUCGAAAAACCAGUACCAUAUGAAGUUAAGGUUCCAGUUGACAGGCCUUACCCAGUCCAUGUACCAUUUGAGAAACCAGUGCCGUAUGCAGUCGAAAAACCCGUGCCAUAUCCAGUACGAGUAAAUGUAGACAGACCUUAUCCCGUAGAAAAACCCGUACCAUAUCCAGUUCAGGUCGAUAAACCAGUGCCAUACCCAGUCGAAAAAAGAGUUCCGUACCCAGUUGAAAAAUUGGUGCCAUACCCAGUUGAAAAGAGAGUUCCAUAUCCGGUAAAAUAUGAAGUUCCAGUUAAUGUACCAGUUCCAGUAGAAGUUAAAGUUCCGGUAAACGUGGAUAGACCUGUGCCAUACCCAAUAGAAAAGAAGGUACCGUACCCAGUUCAUGUUCCAUAUGAAGUGAAGGUUCCAGUGCCAGUCCAAGCUCCGGUUCAACGCUUUGCCACUGUUCACUAUUAUCAACAAUCUCCGGUCGCCUUAGCUGGAUACGAAUCUGGACUCAUUGGUCAAUCUGGUUAUAGGACUUUCUCGUCAGGAGUAGCACCAGUUUCCGGAAAUGUAUUCCAAAGCACCACAUCUGACCCGUCAAAUGUCUACAGUUCUACAUCUGCCCCAUCAAGUUUAUUCAGCUCCACUGCUAGCCCAAUAAGCUCUUAUAGUUCAACUUCCAAUUCAGGGCUACUCAUUGAAUCAAAUAUUGCUCAACAAAGUUUCACCGGCUUAAAUGAAGCCCAAAAGAGCAGUGAUUUUGAUUUGUCAAACGGUGCAUACGGGUUUGGUCAAAAGUCAUAUUUCGGAUCUUCUACGUCAACUCCGUUCAACUCCUUUUCUGCCGGUUCGGCCUCAACUGAUACAUCAUCUCUUUUUAAUUCAGCCAAUUUUGAUUCCAUCGCCCAAAAGACUGUUUCCAUUGGAGGUUCAUCCAUCAAGUCUCAAACAGACAAUCUUGAAGUUGGAAAGAAAUAGAUUUUUUUAAACUCCAAUUUACUUAUAUGCUAUACAAAUAUACUUUUACUUUUAUAAAAGUAAUUACAUUAUGACAAGCUUUAUCUAUCGUUAUUUUAAUUAAAAUUACAUGUAUAGCAAAAUUAA